UCCCACGUGGACGCACUUUUGCUACAGUAGCUCUUGAAAAAAUAAUUUCGAGUAGACGUUUUUGAGCAAAUAGUGUCAAAACGCUUUAAGCAGGAUGCUUUGUCAGCAGAAGUACUAAAAAAAGCUUCCACGUGGACAUGCUUUUGCUACUGUAGCUCCUAAAAAAUAAUUUUGAGUAGACGUUUCUAAGCAAAUAGAAUAAAAAACGCUUUAAGCAGGAUGUUUUGUCAGCAGAAGUACUGAAAGAAGCUCCCACGUAGACGCGUUUUUGCUACAGUAGCUCCUGAAAAAUAAUUUUGAGUAGACGUUUCUGAGCAAAUAGAAUCAAAAACGCUUUAAGCAGGAUGUUUUGUCAGCAGAAGUACUGAAAGAAGCUCCCACGUGGACGCGCUUUUGCUACAGUAGCUCCUGAAAAAAUAAUUUCGAUUAAAUGUUUCCGAGCAAAUAGUGUCAAAAACGCUUUAAGAAGGAUGCUUUGUCAGUAGAAGUUUUGAAAGAACCUCCCACGUGGACGCGCUUUUGCUACAGUAGCGCAUGUUUGGCCUGAGGCUAUAAAUGAUGCAAAUUUUUUUCUCAGAUUGCGUAAGUUACAACAAAAAAAUUGAGAGAGGCUAAGAAUGAUAGAAAUUGAAGAUGAGUAAACGUAUUAGUGCUGUUAUUUACUAUAAUGGUGAGGUUUGCCACACCGAGAAUGGUGUUAUUUUUUAUCAAAGAAUACAGUGCGACUGGUUUUUAACCAGAACAUAGAUUGGACAGAACUUCGUAAAAAAAUUAGGCGUAAAAUAUUUGGAACGACGCCAAUGAAAGUUCUGUCUAUUACGUAUCGAUUUUGUUCUUCUGUUGAUCCGGUGACAUAUGACUCGUUCGACAUAAAAAGUGCUUAUAGCUUGGAGGCAAUGGCUCGCUAGAGGAGCACCCUAUAUUGAAUUAUAUGUACAAUUUACAUCACCAAAUGAUGCACUUGCAACUAGUGUUCGAGAGGUAUACGCGACCCCUGCCCGACAAUCGGUUAGUGUGUUACAAAAUACGGAAUAACCCAUGUUUGGUAGCGGUGUGGAAUAUACAACCCCUGCACGACACUUUGUCACUGGAUGGGACAUGUACCUCGGUGGGUCGAUGUUUGAUGCUGGAAAUACGUACUGAGGAACGACAUCAACUUCUAGUGAUUGGCAAUCUACAUCCAAUUGGGGACGUUAUGAAAUGCCUAGAAAAAGGGAUGAUGUACUCCCUACGACGUUUACCGGGGAGGGGACCUCGUACGUUGUAGAUGAUGGUGGGUUAGAAGAUGACUUCGAUGUGGAUACACCUCGAGAGCCCGGGCUCGAUGGUGCAGAAGUUGCAUUAUUCUCUAAAUCGGAGCCUAUUCCAACCGAAUCUAAAAAUGUUGAAGGGGGUUCAGAUGAAGAAGAAGAUCUACGAUUCAGGGCAUACUCACCUCCAGCCCACAUGUAUAAUGUCGAUCUGUCUGCAGAUGAUGCGUUGGAGUUUCUAAAUCUACCACACCAGCUGCGUGAUCGUACAAGUUCGGUACAAGAUUUGGGUGAAUUUGAAAUUGGUAAUCAGUUUUCCAACAAGGAUAGUUUUAUUGGUACUUUGAAACAACAUAGCAUCAAUAACGGUGUUAACUACCACGUCGUUAAGUCCAAAGUUGAUAAGUUUAAGGCGAAGUGUGCAGUGCAAGACAGUACAUGUUCAUGGAAAAUCUACGCCUUGUUGAGGAAAAGGAUAGGGUUGUGGGAGAUUAAAAAGUACAAAGGUCCACAUACAUGUGUUGCAGGUAUUUCACAAGAUCCUCCCAAGAUGGAUUCAGCUAUGUUAGCUAGCUUGAUACUACCGACGGUGAAAGUAGAUCCUAAGACUUUAAUGCCGGUCUUAAUUACCAAUAUUCGUAGCCAAAUAAGGUACACGCCCUCUUACCGCAAGGCUUGGAUAGCUAAGCAGAAGGCGUUGGAGAAGAUGCAUAAUGGGUAGGACGCUUCAUAUAAUGACAUAUGGCAGUGGUGUUAAGUGCUAGAGAGAUACGUCCCAGGUUGCAUAAUAGACCUUCAAACGGAACAUGCGUACUACAACGAUCGAUUGCUGCAUGGAUGCCAAGUGUUCAAACACCUGUUUUGGACAUUUAAGCAAUUCCAAGACGCAUUUCCAUACUGCAAGCCAUUGGUACAAAUUGACGGUACCUUUAUGUUUGGUAGAUAUACCCAUCGGCUAUUGGUAGCAGUGGCACAGGAUGACAGUGGGAGAAUUCUUCCACUUGCAUUUGCAAUAACACCGGGGGAGUCAGCUGAUGAUUGGGAUUUCUUUCUAUCUAAGUUAAGAAGGCAUGUGUGCCCCUAACCUGAUAUAUGUGU